AUGCCUGGACAUUAUGAUUUUGGGAUCUACGCUCGAUGCAACUUCCGAGCAGCAUUGGGUGGAAAGGAGACUACAGAAAUUCGAACUGAUGUCAAAUUCUCCGAGAUGAGCGUCCUAUUCACCGUCGAUGGGAGCGCCGUGAAACCGGUGGUCGUCACGCACAACAAUGAGGGAGAGAGAAAUCCAUUUGGACCCACUUAUUGCUACGGAAUACCUGGAUUGAUUGUUGAGGUAAUGGAGACAAGUGGUCACAUCGCUGCGUUGACUCUUUACGAGGCGACACUU